AUGGAGUCCCACAAGAUUGCCAUGGCAUACCAUCUACAGACGAGUGACCAAGUUGAAAUAUCCAACCGCGGGAUAAAGCAGAUAUUAGAGAAAGUGGUGAAUCUGAGGCGGAAGAAUUGGUCACCGAAGUUAGAUGAAGCACUGUGGGCAUAUAUAAUAGCUUUUAAGACUCCUCUGGGCAAGUCACUCUUCAAGUUGGUGUAUGGGAAGGCUUGCCACCACCCUGUUGAGAUAAAACAUAAAGCGUUUUGGGCUAUUAAGAGGUUAAAUUCCGAUGCUCAAUUAACUGGAGAGAAAAGAUUACUGGAAUUCAAUAAGAUGGGAGAGUUAAGGGCAUAA